AUUUCAGCAUUUCGUACCUUGUCACAGUGACAAUAGUAAGAGGUUCUUAGCUACUUUCUUAUUGAUUGUUACUGUGACAAGGUACGAAAUAGUACUAAAAUUCAAUGCUUUGACUGUAUGUGUGAGUUACAGUAAUUACAUAUACUAAUCUAUGUGUGUGAGCGCAAUGCAAUGAAUGUUCGUAAGAUUGGAACUAGAGCUCUGUACAGUUAUGUCUAAAAACAUCGAUACGAACAAAGUCUCAAAAAUAUGUAUACACUUUUCGCCCAUAUAUUAAGGCGUAUAUAUAUUUUUUGCACUGAUUUGACAAGUGGCAGAGUCUGGGGGCGCCACUAAAACGUCAAAUUCCUAUAGCUGACUAAAUUUACAGCCUGUAAUUUGUAAACUGCGAUAUCUAAUUAAUUCAUACUUAAUAUACUAUAUAUUAGACCUUUAAGCAUUUACAUUUACUUAACAUGUAAUGUAUACAUAGUGUUUCGUUUUUAGUUUCGACCGACCUAGUUAACUGGGUACAUAAGAAAACAAAGCAAUUAUUGGGUUUACCGCAAAACUCUAUUUGCUAUAGAAACUACUCUACCGAAAAAGAAAAACUAAAGAUUAAAAAUAACCGUAAUCCACUUUAUUUAAUAUUUAACACUUUGAGAGCCGGGAACCCGCUCGGCGUGUACUCUGUUCGUAUAAGCGGAAAAACGCUGGGAUCGGCUACGAGCGUAGCGUUAUGAAAACUGGAAGUGAAUGUCUUGAAAUGUAUUCUAAGGAAGUUGUUAAAUACAAAGUCCCUUUCUGAGCAUUUUUUUUUUGUAAGUAUUACAAUUUUAUUUUUACCAUGGCUUAGUUUUGAUCGACUACUUUCACACUUUCUGAGCAUAAAUCAAAUCUUAGCAAACGUUGUGCUUUGUUGGCGCACAGUUAUCAUAAAAAAUAUUAUACAAAAUGUAGGCAUGUUAUGCCGAAUAUUUGGCGCUUUGGCCGAGAAGGGCUGAAUACGAUUCGGUAUUCGAUAUUCAGCAAAAACCACUAUUCGUGAUAUCUCUAGUAAAUAUAACGUAAGCGUUUAUUUAUGUUUUGAUUGCCCUUUUUUAUCAACGAUUAUAAUCUUGACUAGGCCCCCAUACCUACUAGAUAGGGUAAAAUAAUACACAAAUGAUAAAAUUGAAUAUAAGAAGCACUUAAAACAUUCUUGUCUCAAGCGGAAGCAGAGAUAAUUAUAAAGGAAAACUCUAGUACCGAGAACUGUCAUGUUUUAAUCUUGAGAUCUUGAGAAAUCCCUAAUCUACCCAUAUUAUUAAAGCUUAGUCAUUUGAUUUAAUAGUUUCCUCCGAAAAGUAUGACGUAGGUAAGACAAUACAGUGGAAACCGAAGGAUGGAAAACUAAAGUGUGUUCUACAGUACCCCUUUGAUGAGUAUUAAACAAGCUUUCAAAUCAUGACUACAUAUUAAACACACAGACACAGAGAUAUUAAAUAUAUUGAAAACACCGCCAGUUUGCAUCGGUUCGUCAACGCAAGCUCCUGACGACACUCCUCGGUACGCAGUGAAACAUGUCGAGCGUUGUUCGACUUAAAAUACCAACCAUGUCCGUGGAAGGCGUAAUGGUGUCCUACAACUACUCCGAAGACGGUGAGCACUCGAACAUCAUCACCGUCUCCGCGUCAGGGAUGAAGUUCUCCAAGCGCUGGGUCCUCACUCACGGCUCCCUCCUGUCGCCCCUCAAACAGGCACAAGCCAUCAACCACGCGAGAGGCAACCCUAUAUUGAAAGAGGAGUUCUACGACAACCUGCCGGAGAUAUACGUGACGUGCGAGAGAGAGACAAAAGAGGGGAACGUGUAUGACGACGUGGAGAGGCUUAGUAGGGAGAGAGAUGAUGGGUUGGAGCAUAGUAGUUACCAGAUCAGAGUGCUUACUGGGAGGAUAGUCCACGUCUGGCAAUGCCCGAUCCUGAGCCGCUGCGUUGACGACAUCCUCUACAGUUGGACCAUCGGGCACCGCGACGGUGAUAUCGAAAAGCAAACGCAACUGGGCAAGGCCCUGCUUUCAGUGUUUGUGCUGGUGGACCUGGAGAGUGACGAUCGAGGUUUUAGGACGCUAAGGCCCCUUUCGGAGCUACUGGACUUGGUGAAACCGCCACCCGACAGAGGGUCGGCCGUGGAAGUGCACUCUACACCCUUCGGAUGCGAGGUGUUCCUGAAUGCGGUGACUCGUGGUUCGGUGUGCGGUGUGGUGGGGCGGAAACCAUCGCUCCUGCUUACUGACGCGGCCACGGCGCUGGGGUCUGAAGGCGGCCCGGUGUUCACAGAAGGACCCAACAAAGAAUUGAUAGGCGCAGUAGUAUGCAGCGUAUCAUGGUGGCGAGGGGAAUGGGUGGGGCUGACGCUGACGGCGCCAUUGGUGUCAGUGCUGAGCGCCAAGCUGAGGGUGUCUUCACCAGCGGUACCACGCCAGCCCCCCAGUCGGCAGUAUCAGGAGAUAUUUAACAGGAUCGACAAGACGACGGUGCUGGUGCGGUGCGGGGGCGCGUGGGGCGCGGGGGUGUACCUCGGCGGCGGCCAUAUUGCCACGUGCGCGCACGUUGUUAAACACUACGGAAGCCACAAAGUAUCAAUAUACUGUCAAGGCGUAAGCGAAACAGCGAUAGUUCGAUAUAAGACUCGCGAUGAUCGCGCGUACGAUUUAGCUCUUCUAUACACGAACCCUGAAAACUGGACGCAUCUCCUGCCUGCUGUGUUCGCUGAGACGCCCUCUGAGAAAGGAGAAUCAGUGCUGGCAGCCGGCUACCCAUACUUCAACGAGAAUAUGCUGGAGAACUUAAAGCCAAACGUGACCGCUGGCCAUGUCAACAGCGUCUCGCCUUCCAUGAUACAGAGCAGUUGUUGCGUGCAGUCAGGAUUCAGCGGUGGCCCCAUCUUCCGGAUAGUUGACUCCAAUGUGGAAGUUCUAGGCAUCAUAGUCAGCAACGCAAAGACCAAUACAGGCGCGUGCUACCCCUACAUCAAUAUGGCGGUACCUGCUCGAGCAUUCGUCGAUUCCAUGCUUCAAUACAUCACUGAUAAAGAUGGCGACCACCUGAAGCCGAUUGAAAACCACCAAGAAAUGAUUCAGUCACAGUGGAGGCUGCUUCCUUAUAGAUCUAAGAUAUGAUCUUAAAUUAAGAUUUAGCUUAAUACUUCUAAUACUACUAAGGUUGGACGAAAAGAAAAACAUUGAAACAAGAGAAAAAAAAACACUUCUCUUGCCUCGGGGGAAAGUAAACUGUGUUUUUUUUUACCACAUAACCUUAUACGUACCUGUUUAGAGUUAGAACAAUCACGGGCGUAGACAGGUUCAAGCAGG